AUGUUGGCCUUCAGAGCACCUGUCUGGCGACGUAUAUCCCCAACCUAUGGCGCUAAUUAUAGGAGACUGGCCAAUUCAUUCCGGUUCCAGGUCAGACGUGGUAUCUGCCAACUGCAGAGCGUUGACAAGUUCCACAAAGUGCGGCUUCGAUUCCAAGAUGACGUAAAGAGGGGAUUAGAGAUCUUGGUUUCCAUUCUGAGAGAGCCGUCCCGUGCGGAACAGCUACGCGAGCUGGAACUAGAUUGUACACCAUGCGACAUGAUUAGGAGUGACCCUUAUGAGAUCCGGCCAACACAAGUCUUGCUGCCAACAGAAGACCUUCAAAGGCUCCAGCUUGCAGUCAGAAACGCAGGGUUUGAAGAGCGAGGAGAGCAUGAACGAGUAUUAAGUAUGCUUCUACAGGAUGUUAGUGAAGAUCAAGGUCCAUAUGGCAAGUACCUAUAUUUCCAGGCGCAGGCCCUCGCUGUCAUGUUUGUGUCCCUGGCACCUCGAUUGGAAUCCCUAGCCUUCUGCUCGCUAGGGUUGCAACAUCGCUUAGAGACAUAUGUAUUCGAAAACUUCCUGCAGCGAGCCAUCGCUGAGAAGCGCGAUGUGCCUGGCUUGCGUAAUCUCCGCUCAGUGAGAUUUCUCGAUAGUAUAGAUAGUUUUAUGAAUGGUGGUACACUCUAUUGGGAUUACGACGUUCAUGACUGCCUUAAUCUCAUCCGGGAACUCCCCGCCAUUGAAUCUGUUCGCUUUGAUGCUAUUAAGCCGAACCUCGAUGUAGGAACGUGGCCUCCACCACGCUCAGCCAACUACACUGAUAUCAUGUUUUACCACUGUAUUAUACACAUGUUGUACGAGGAGUUGGAGGUCGUUAUCCACUCACCCAAACGAUUAAGAAAGUUCGCAUGGACGGUUGGUGGACGCUCCGAGCGGGGAGGUGAUAUAACACCAAUCAGUCCAGUAUUCACCCUAGAGUGCUUGCUCACCCACCGGCACACAUUGGAAGAGCUGGAUCUUGACAUCCAGGGCCAUGCGAUCUUCCGUGAAAUGGUCGAUGAGGAUCCCAUGUUCCGGCAAGAUGAUGACAACGAUUAUUAUGACGAUGAAGAUCUUGACAAGUGGAAAGCUCAAAAGAAAGAAAUCGUGGGUGUAGAAUCACCCGCUCCGGAUUGUGCGCUCCGCAGCUUUCCCAAUCUCAAACAUCUUAGCCUCGGCACCCAUGUUCUCUACUGCUACGCUCGUGGCUUUGGUGCCGGUCGCCUGAAGGAACCCUUUUCUCUCAUUGACAACCUGCCCCCACGUCUGGAAUCGCUGCGCCUCUACGGCUAUGGCUUGCCUGGUGAACUCCCACACAGAUGUAAAGAUUCGCUGGACCUAGAAGUAGAGGCCCAGAUAGCAGCUUUGUUGGAGCAGAAGGAUUCAAAGUUACCGUCUUUGAAGGUUAUUGAGGGAAUUGAUACACCUAUACCUCAUGGGUGCAGUGUGGAAGAUUGUGACAGGGACCCGCACCUGUUAUGGCGGCGUGAGGACGACGAAUAG